AUGUCAAUUCCGCCAAAGUGCAAUUUACUCAUGAAUGUUAACUUAUGUUAUUUGCGUGUAACAAUAAACAAUGCUAUGAAUAUUCAUGAUAUCACGAGUGAUGAUAUACAUUUUCAUUCAAAACACCAAUUAAGUAUUGAUGAGAAAUUUCAUCGAGAUCCUAAAUAUGAAACAAUUAAUCAGUUAGCUAAAGAAACCUUGAACAUUGAUCUACCUGAAUCACAAAGUUCAACAAAUCGUGCAUUAUUUGUAUUUUCUAAAAAGAAUCUGAUUCGUAAAGCAGCGCGCAGUAUAAUUGAAUGGGGAUAUCCUUUUAAUUGA